CAACUGGUUGAACGUAAAGAAUCCGUCUAUGUUGCAGAAAUCUUUUGCCAGAGACAUGUGUAUAAACGCCAUAAACUUUAAGUUUAAAGCCACAGUCUUUCCUCUACCAUAACCUAAAACGAAAUGGGGCUUUUCUGCAAGAAUUUGUGGCUUUCUGUACGCACUUUUGCUCUUGUUAGCCUUGGCUACUUUAUCUCAACUAGCUGUGCCAUGGUUACUAGCAACGAAACUGACCUCCAUGCCUUGCUUGAAUUCAAAGCCAAAAUAACUCAUGAUCCUUUUGGUGUCCUAAGCUCAUGGAAUAAUACCAUCAACUUCUGUCAAUGGCAUGGUGUCACAUGCGGUCGUCGUCAUCAGAGGGUGACUAAGUUAGACCUGCGAUCCCUGAAGCUUGCAGGCUCUAUAUCACCAUCCGUUGGCAAUUUGAGCUUUCUGAGGGAAUUGAAUCUUCGAAACAAUAGCUUCAGCCAUGAAUUCCCUCAAGAGAUUAACCAUUUGGGUAGAUUGGAGAUACUCGACUUGAGCAACAAUUCAAUUAGCGGGCACAUGCCAGCCAAUAUAUCAAGUUGCUCUAACCUUAUUUCCGUCCGGCUUGGUCGCAACCAGAUAGAAGGAAACAUUCCUGCACAAUUUGGCCACUUGUUUAAUCUCCAAAUUCUUUAUGUUCACAAUAACAAUCUAACAGGAAGUAUCCCUCAUUCUCUUGGGAACUUAUCUUAUCUUUUAGCUCUUUCUCUUUGUGACAACAAUUUGGUUGGGACGAUUCCUUAUACUAUAGGACAACUGAUGAAUCUUACUUUCUUAAGUUGUUGUUCGAAUAGGUUGUCAGGUGUCAUCCCUUCCUCGGUUUUCAAUCUCUCUUCUAUAGGGACUUUAGACAUAUCUGGGAACUAUUUUCAUGGAAGUCUUCCUUCAGAUUUAGGCAUCUUUCUUUCCAGUAUCCAACGUUUUAAUGCAUUUAGUAACUUGUUCACUGGUCGCAUUCCUUCAUCAAUUUCCAAUGCUUCAAAUCUAGAGAUCCUCGCGUUGGAUAUAAACAAAUUCAUUGGAGAUGUGCCAUCUCUGGAAAGGUUACCUAGGCUUCAGUGGCUACUUCUUACUAGCAACUAUCUAGGAAACGGGAAAGUUGACGACUUGAGCUUUCUCUACUCCUUAACCAAUAGCAGUGAAUUAGAAAUUCUGGGUAUAAAUGGGAAUUACUUUGGAGGGAGUAUUCCUAGCGUUAUUUGCAAUUUUUCAACUAGUCUGAUAUAUUUGUUUAUGGAUAACAAUCACCUGACGGGAAGCAUCCCAUCCGGGAUUGGAAAUCUUGUCAGCUUGCAGGAUUUUGAGGUGUGGAAUAACCAACUCUCUGGUUUCAUUCCGCCUACUAUUGGAAAGCUUCAAAAUCUACGAGUACUGGAUUUCAGUUCAAACAAGUUCUCUGGCCAGCUUCCAACCUCUUUGGGGAACUUGACAAAUUUAAUUCAGCUCAUUGCAAGUGAAAAUAAUCUUGGGGGUAACAUGCCCUCAAAUCUUGGCACAUGCGAAAACUUGCUUCUAUUGAAUCUCUCUCAUAAUCAUCUAAGUGAUGCCAUACCCCCACAACUUCUAAAUCUCACAUCAUUAUCCCUAUACCUAGAUCUGUCUGAUAACCAAUUGACAGGAACUGUACCUGUGGAAGUUGGAAAUUUGAAAAGCCUAGGACAGUUAGAUGUUUCCAAUAACAAGUUAUCAGGAUGGAUUCCAAGCACUCUUGGCAGUUGUAAAAGUUUAGAAUCACUCCACAUGAAAGGAAACAAUUUCCAAGGGCUCAUUCCUUCAUCUUUGGGAUCACUUAAGGCUCUUCAGGUUUUAGAUUUAUCACAUAACAAUUUGUCAGGUCAAAUUCCAGAAUUUUUGUCACAAAUAGUCCUGCUGCAGUUGAACUUGUCUCACAACAAUUUUGAAGGUCCAGUACCUGCUAAAGGUGUCUUUAGAAAUGUGAGUGCUACUUCACUUGAAGGAAACAAUAAACUUUGUGGGGGAAUUCCUGAAUUCCACUUGGCUCCAUGUAUUUCCACAAGGCAUAAGAAAAGUGGAUUGACUCAUAAUUUGAGAAUAGUUGUUGCCACUGUAUGUGUCCUGGUAGGCGUUACAUUGUUGUUGUGGGUUAUAGUAGUUUUCUUUUUGAAGAAGAAGCGAAGGAAGGAAUCUUCUUCAAGCUUUUCAGAGAAGAAAGCUUUGGAACUAUCCUACCAUACUCUUUAUAAAGCUACUGAUGGAUUUUCUUCAGCUAAUACGCUCGGUGCGGGAAGUUUUGGAACUGUUUUUAAGGGAGAACUUGGCGGGGGAGAAACUUCUAUUGCUGUCAAGGUGUUCAACCUUAUGCGUCAUGGAGCUUUCAAGAGUUUCAUAGCUGAAUGUGAAGCCUUGAGAAACAUCAGACAUCGGAAUCUUGUAAAGGUGCUGACCGCGUGCUCAAGUGUGGAUUAUCAGGGAAAUGAAUUUAAGGCUCUGGUUUAUGAGUUCAUGGUUAAUGGAAGCCUGGAGGAGUGGCUGCAUCCACCUGAUGAAGCAAAAGCCAUACCGAGGAAUAACUUGAAUAUUCUACAAAGACUGAAUAUUGCGGUUGAUGUAGCUUGUGCACUUGAUUAUCUCCAUAAUCAUUGUGAAACACCAAUCAUUCAUUGUGAUCUCAAACCGAGCAAUAUUCUUCUUGAUAACGAAAUGACAGGGCACGUAGGAGACUUUGGGUUGGCUAAAUUCUAUCGGGAACGAAGUCAUCAAUCAAGUUCCAUUGGAAUAAGAGGAAGUCUUGGUUAUGCUCCUGCUGAGUACGGUACGGGCAAUGAGGUGUCAACAAGUGGUGAUGUCUAUAGUUAUGGCAUUCUGUUACUGGAAAUUUUCACUGGAAAGAGGCCUAUGGAUGACUGGUUCAAUGAAGAUGUUAGCCUUCAUAAUUAUGUCAAGAAUGCAUUGCCUGAACAAGUGGUAGAGAUUUUGGAUCCCACUCUUUUUCAGGAAGGAGAAGGAGGGAUAAGCUUGAUCAGAAGAAGCAACGCAAGCAUUAACAGAACAAUGGAAUGUCUGAUUUCGAUAUGUGAAAUUGGAGUAGCUUGUUCUGCUGAAACGCCAGGAGAAAGAAUGAACAUUUGUGACGUUGCAGGUCAGCUGGUUUCAAUCAGAAACAAACUUCUCAGAAACUAGAAUUAAUAUCCGGUACACGGGUUAAGGAUAUGGAUGUUGAAAAGGUUUCCAAGUGUUCCUGCUACUUCUAUCAGUUUGUCUUUCUUUGCCUUUUGCAAUUUUUCCAAGAGUAUUAUUGUGCCAUGUAUCAUUUAUCAUUUUGUUCAAUUCAGUGUUUGUGUAUUAUAUCAAAUUACUGCCAAAACUUACGAAUUUAUGGACAAUGUCUAAUUAACAUUCCCGAAUGCAAGUGAUUGAAUUUGCAGAAUGCUAAAUUUCUUUUCUUUUUAAUGAAAAAAAAAAAAAACCCUUUCCAUUUUGA